AUGGCCGACCCGACAGUCUGGACACUCUGGGGAGACUCGUGGAACUUGAAGCAGUUGCUGACGCCCGCCUCCUCGUUGCUUGUCCGCUGCAUCUCCUUUGUCUGCUUUGUCCUGGGGACCUUCCUCCUUCUUCCACUCUUGUUCUUUGUCGGCUGCGAUCUGUUUCUAUGGCUAUGGAGGCACUGCUGGAGCAUGUUCCCGGCGCCCGAAACGGCCGCUCCCGCCGAGAGGCCAACUGAUGUUUCGUCACCCACGCGUGCGACCAUUGCAAACGAAGCGGAAAAUCCCAAGGCGCGCAAACGACUAUGA